AAAUUGCCCUCACCAGAUGUGGAGAUGGCGAAAUCAUGGCUGCAGACAUUAUAGAGAUGCUGGGGUGGAGUGUACUUCUCAAGCUGUCGAUUAUUGCUCCUUGGGAUUGCACAACUGUGGACGUAAUUCUAAAUGUAUCAGCACUAACAAUGGUUUUACAUGCAGAUGUAAGAAAGGUUUUACCGGCCGGAACGACCUUUCCUGCUAUGACAAAGAUGAAUGUUCAACAGGAAACAACUGUCAUUCGGAUGCCUUUUGCACGAACACUUAUGGGUCUUAUCGAUGCACAUGUAAUGCUGGAUUUACUGGAAAUGGAACCAUUUGCCAAGACAAAGAUGAAUGUUCUGAGUCAAGACACAACUGUCCUUCAAGGACAAUUUGCGCCAAUACUAAAGGAUCCUAUCUAUGCUGUAGAACACAAAAUUCUGGAAAUGGUUUGAUUUGCAGAGUUUUAGAUAAGUCAAUUAGGUUACGAGGACCAUCCA